GGUCUCCGUGGGUGGAGACCGGGGAUUGGAGCAGAGGAUUGGAGUGACGCGAGGGGCAGAGUCUGUGGAGGAAGAUGGCGGCCGUCGGCGGGUUGUCUGUAGCGGUGGCUGCGUUAAGGGCGGUCACUCCGUGGGCAAGGGGCAGGCUCCUCGCGGCCUUUCGCGGACCUCAGGCUCGUCGGGAAACGUCGUCCUCCAGCCCCGAGGCCGGCGAAGGGCAGAUCCACCUCACUAACAGCUGCGUCCAGAGGCUUCUGGAAAUCACCGAAGGGUCAGAAUUCCUCAGGCUGGAAGUGGAGGGAGGUGGAUGCUCCGGAUUCCAAUACAAAUUUUCACUGGAUACAGUUAUCAACCCCGACGACAGGGUAUUUGAACAGGGUGGGGCAAAAGUGGUGGUUGACUCUGAUAGCUUGGCCUUCGUGAAAGGGGCCCAGGUGGACUUCAGCCAAGAACUGAUCCGAAGCUCGUUUCAAGUGUUGAACAAUCCUCAAGCACAGCAAGGCUGCUCCUGUGGAUCAUCCUUCUCUAUCAAACUUUGAUGUAACAACAGGUGAUCCAGAGAUUGCCACCGCUUGUACCAGUUUGAGGAACCUGGGAUUAGUAGAAUUCUAGAGGUUUCCUUCCAAUCAUGUCCUUCUCUCAAUUUUAUUUCCCUCAGUCCAGGAAUGUUGUGUUUUGCCACUGUUAUUUUCAGAAUAUGAAGCUUUUACACUUGAUUUAAUUCCACUCACACAUUUCUAAGGCUAAGCCUCCAGGUGCUGUGAUCUAAGAUCUACUGACUGGUUGAAACCCACCCAGUAUAAUCUGUAGAGCCUCCAAGCUUCCAAAAUUUGGAGUUUGUUUUCUGAGCUUCACAGCUGCUUAUAUAUAGGUGUAUAGCUAUGUAUAAAAGCUUCAUUUUGAAGAAAGUCCUUAUUUACUUGUGUUCUGGAUCAGGGUCACAGAUUGGGUAGCUUGAACACCGGCUAGGCUAGAGAGGAUGAGAAAGGCAAAGGGAAGAUUCUUUUUUUCAUCUCACUCUUCUGAAUGUGCUAGUUGAAAUCCUUCUUUUUCUCCACUUCCCAUUUGUUAGGGUAGAUAUAUUUUUCUCUCUUACUAGCCUGUGUGCUAGAUUCAUAAAACCAACAGCCCACCCAGAAAACUUGGAUCUAACUAACUCUCACUGAUAACCUGAAUCAUUUGAAAAAUAGUCCCCAUACUCCAUACUCACACAGACACUUAAAGAUUCUGUGAUCAUUCAGUGACUGAGUCUUUUUAGGAUACAUUGUUUCACUUAAUGCUGUAAAAUGUCACUGGUCUCCUGCUUUGCAGGAAGUGGUCCAUUUAUUGGUAUAGAUAAUGGAUAGUUAGGGAUUUUCUUUCAGGUUGGAUUACCAGAUAAAAUGAUGCCCAGUUAAAUAUGAAUUUCAAAUAAACGACAAAUAACUUUUAUUAUGUCCCAAAUAUUUCAUGAAACAUCUACUAAAAAUUAUUUGUCAUUUAUUUGAAAUUCAAAUUUAACUGGGCAUUGUGUAUUUUUAUUUGUUAAACCUGGCAACUUUUUUUUAGGGUCACUGAAAGAAAAGCUUUUAAAGCCAAGUCCAUUAAAUUUUAAAGUUAUUGUUUGGGUAUGGCACUUAAUUAGGCUACAGAACUAGAAUAAUUGUGGCAUGUAUGUGACAGUGCUGGGGGAUCCGGAACUGUGUGGACAGACAACUAAAAAAAGACAAAUCCCACCAUCACAACAAAUGAUUUAUUAAUGUUUAUGUUGGGGAAACCACAACCAAAUUGAUUCAAAUUGAUUCUGGAAAAAUUAUUGGUUAAGCCUUUGUUUUCCUAAAAGUUCAUUACAGCAAAAACUUAAAUUUCUGAACUGGAUUGGAAUUAAGGUCAUUCAGUAGAAGACUUUACCAUUAAAAAAGGAAAUGCAGAGUUUAGAGACAAGGUAUCUGAGAGAAGCUUAGGUACUUAACAUUUUCAAUAUGGGAAAACUUGGUAUUUGGAGAAAGCAAACCUGUUGUGUGUACAAAGAGGAAGGAGGGGACACUCAGAUUUAGCAGAUUCAGGUUUAGCAGAUUUCUAUGGAAGGAAGCAGAAAGCAUAUCAUGGGAGUGUCUGUAACUUUACUAAGACAUUUAAAGUUACGCCAAUACCUGAGCCUAUAAGGUUUUCAAUUCAGACUAAGUCUUUUCAUCCUGUUUAAAAAGGGAUUUUGUUACAUUUUAAGUGUUAGAACCUAUUCUUUUACAGAGUGCACUUUAUUUUUAUUUAUUAUUUAAAAUAAGCUCAUGCCCAACAUGGGGCUUGAACUCAUGACUGAAACCCAGAGUCACAUGCUCUACUGACUGGACCAGCCAGGUGCCCCAUGACGUGGUGAUUUUAAAACGCAUUCAGAGGGACGCCUGGGUAGCUCAGCGGUUAAGUGUCUGCCUUUGGCUCAGGGCAUGAUCCUGGAGUCCUGGAAUCGAGUCCCAUACUGGGUUCCCUGCAUGGAGCCUGCUUCUCCCUCUGCCUAUGUCUCUGCCUCUCUCUGUCUCUGUCUCUCAUGAAUAAAUAAAAUCUUAAAUAAAUAAAACUCAUUCAGAGCGCAAACUUAAAAUCUUUAGAUGCUAACUAAACCAUUAAAUUGCAUGGUCAGUUAGACAGGAACGGAGUCCCUUGAAAUGCCCAUAUGUAAGUGCUGUUUUUUUUAAGAUUUUAUUUAUUUAUUCAUGAAAUUACAUGAGAGAAAGACAGAGACGUAGGCAGAGAGAGAAGCAGGCUCCAGGCAGGGAGCCUGAUGUGGGACUCGAUCUUGAGACUGCGGGAUCACGCCCUGAGCCAGGGGCAGGUGCUCAACCGCUGAGCCACCCAGGCAUCCCUGUAAGUGCUGCUAAUGGGAGAAUUGGAAUUCUCUGUUUUAGAAAGGGUGGGUUUGGGAGAAAUCACAUUGAGAAAGCCUUAUGGGAAAAUCUGAAGUAGUAACAAGACGUUUCCAUUGGAGUAGGAUGAUACAGAAAUUUUAAGAGCACAGAUCAUUGAGAAAUAAUACAUCAAGGGAACAGUACAGUGGGCAAUUUGCUUGGAAUAAAUAGUAAGCAUAGUAAAAUAGGUUUAGGGUCUUUUGCAGGCCCUUAGGACCAGAUGCCCUCUUUCUGGUAAAGACCAACAGAUGUUUUCACAAAUUUUGCUCACUGUGCAAAUGCAUUUAGGAAAACUUUAUAUUCUUCUAGUAUCCUCUGGAAGAUUUUUUGCUUCCCCAUUACUUUCAAGGGGAAAGGUCUUACUGUUGCAGAAUUGGUUUUAUUUAUGCAAGUUAUUAUUUGGGGGCAGCAUACCUUUACCUUUGCCCUAGCAAGACAUAAUGUAAGAACCAAAGGCAAGGAAGCCCUGCAUCUGCUUUAUGUUGUGAAUCUGCCUUUUUUUUUUAAAGAUAUUAUUUGAGAGAAAGUGAGAAGGAGCAGGGGGAGAGGCAGAAGCAGACUUCCUGCUGAACAGGGAGCCUGAUGUGGGGCUCGAUCCUAGGACUCUGGGAUCAUGACCUGAGCCAAAGGCAGACACUUAACUGACUGAACCACCCAAGCACCUGUGUUGUGGAUCUGCUUUAUGUUUUUGGCUCAAAAGAGGGGGGCCUUUUGGCCAACUGAACCACCGUGGUGCCUCAGCUUUUUAAAUUUUUUUUUAAAUUUAAGAUUUUAUUUAUUUGAGUGAGAGAGAGCAUGAGUGGAGGGUAGGGCAGAGGGAGAGGGAUAAGCAGACUCCCCUUUGAGCAGGGAGCCUGAAGCAGGGCUCAAUCCUAGGAUCCUGAGAUCAUGACCCAAGUCAAAGGCAGACACUUAACUGACUGAACCACCCAAGCACCUGUGUUGUGGAUCUGCUUUAUGUUUUUGGCUCAAAAGAGGAGGGCCUUUUGGUCAAUGUCCAGAUCUUACCUUGUGGCAUCAUAUUCUUCAGUUACGUGAUUGAUUGUGUAAACUGUAGGUGUCCCACCCACCCUUAGUUUCUUUGGGAAUGUUGACAAGUCACAAGGGAUUAGGAGAAAAUAGGUUUAGAAGUAAGAGAUUAGAAAGGGCUACUAAAGUAGGUGUCCCACAAGAACUUUCUAACUUUUCUAACUUCUCAGAAUUGAAAACUCAUUAUUUCAGUCUUCUGUUAUAAAGCAUUGAGUGGAGGGUUAACAUUUGGCAGGAGCAUCUUUUUUUUUUUUAAGGUUUUUUUUUAAAAUUUUUAUUUAUUUAUGAUAGUCACACAGAGAGAGAGAGAGAGAGAGAGGCAGAGACAUAGGCAGAGGGAGAAGCAGGCUCCAUGCACCGGGAGCCCGACGUGGGAUUCGAUCCCAGGUCUCCAGGAUCGUGCCCUGGGCCAAAGGCAGGCGCUAAACCACUGCGCCACCCAGGGAUCCCUUGGCAGGAGCAUCUUAUAUGGAGAAGUGGGCAGCACUGAUUGUAUGGGGUAGCCCUCCCUUAAAUGCUGGGUGAGAGUGGAUACAUUCUGUUCCUAGUGGACAGGACCUAACAUUGCCCUCUGCAACAUAAUUAUGGUCUUGCAUGUUUGUUUCAGUGGCAGAAAACUACUUUACUUUUCUAGGUAUCUAGCAAUAGUGGUUUUUUUGUUUUUGUUUUUUUUUAAGAUUUAUUUAUUCAUGAGAGACAGGCAGAGACAUUGGCAGAAGGAGAAGCAGGCUCCUCGCAGGAAGCCCGAUGUGGGACUCCAUCCCAGAUCCUGGUAUCAUGCCCUGAGCCAAAGGCAGAUGCUCAUCCGCUGAGCCACCCAGGUGUCCCAUCUAGCAGUAGUGUUUAUGAUUGCUCUUUUAAAAUCCCUAUUUGCCAUUUCUCCACAGAAAUGCUAACAGGGCUGUUUAAAGGAAAGUUUGCUUUAAGAAGUUUUGAAAUAAUUAAUGUGGCUUUAAUUGGUGGAUAAAUAUAUAAAGAAGGGAGCAUUAAAGUGGUCUGUGGCCAAAGCUCUAUUUAAAAAUAUUUUAUUUUUUGGAAAGAUAAUACACAUGGUACAAAAUUCAGAAAGACACAAAAGGGGAUACAGUGAAAAGUCUCCCAGUCCUGUACCCAUCCACCCUGUCACCCUCCCCACAAACCACUGUUGUUUCUAAGAAUUUACUCUAUAGGAAUAAUCCCAUAGAUAUAAUGAGAAAUAACAUAUACACAAGAAUAUUCAUUAUAGUAUUGCUUAUAAUAGCAAGAGAUAGGAAACAAUGGAAAUGUCCAUCAUAGGGGACUGAUUAAAUAAAUUAUGAUUUAUCCAUUCAGUGGAAUAGUGUACAAUUAUAAAAUAGAAUGAGAGUUCUUUAUGUGCAAGUAUGGAUUAAGUGAAAAAAGCAAAGUGCAGAACAGCAUGCAUCGGAUGCUAUUUGUGUUUUUUAUACAAAGAAUUAUGUGUAUGUGCAUAAAGUUUUUCUGGAAGGGUGAGUAGGAAUGUGAGGAUUGGGAGGAGGCGCAGCUCCAGUGGGUAUAUGGAAGAGUUGUAAGUUCUCUGAACGGUGGGGUAUAAGGCAGAGUGGCAAGGAUGAGGUCAGCAGAUACCCACUUGUCUUUCCCCUUUCUUUAGAUAAAUAGCAGCAUAUGUUCCACUUUGUUGUACAGCCUUCUUUCCCCACUUAGUCUAUUUUGGAUUUCUUUUCAAGGCAUUUAGAGCCAUUUUUUUUCUUUCCUUUUUAGGCCUCUGUAACAACUAAUUGUUUCUACUCUUUUGCUGUUUGUUAUAAUAAAUAACCUAUUACAUGUGUCAUUUCACAUUUGAUGAGAAUAUAUCUGAAGGUUAAAUUCCUAGAAGAAUCAAAGAGUAAGUGCUUUUAUAAUUUCAAGACAUUGCCAUAUUGUCCUCUUCAGAAGUUGUGUCAAUUUAAACCCCUGUUAGCUAUUUAUGUGAGUACCUCUUUCACCAGAUGCUUGCCAACUAGGAGUCUUAACAAACUUUUUGAUCUUUGCCAAUCUGACAGUUUCUAAAAAGUGUCUCAAGUGUGGUUUUGACUCAAAUUUCUUUUGCUAUAUUUUCAUAUGUGUAAAAUAUGUAAAAACUACAUAUUUUUGUCUGCUGAAAAUAUCUCAACUAGUAUAGUAACCUAGAGCAAAUUGUUUAAACUCUAUGUGUUUUAAUUUCCUCAUCUGUAAAUUAUGAAUACAAUAGUAAGGAUUGUUGGAUGAUUAAAUGAAAUUUGUGUUCAGCACUCAGUAUAGUGCCUGGCAUGUAACAAGCAUUCAAUAAGUUAUUAUGGGAUGGCUGACAAUCAGAGCAGCAGGUAGGACAGAAGAGAUUAAAUUAAGAAAAUAGCAUUCAUCUCCGUAUCUUCAGACAUAUAGAGUAUUGUUCAUUUACAUUGCCCUUCAUCAGACAAAUGCAAAAGCAGAGCUUUCUUUGUCUUAGAAGAGUAAAGAACAUUUUUUCCAUUGGAUCCCAAUCAUAGGCUAUUGGCAGAGCUGGCAAAAGGAUAGGCACAGCCUUGUGUCUAAUAUUUAGACUUAGCCAAUAUGGUAAAGAUAUUUGGUUUAAUAUGAAAUAAAAACAAAAACAGAGGA